UGCGCCCAUCACGUGAACGACAGCAUUUCUUUCCACUCCCUUCACGUCACGUUUCAGCGUGCAGCGGCGGCUGUGGAUGUGGAGGCGGGGAGCGACUGUCCGUGGUGCUGAUGGGAGGACUGAUGCUCUCCGGCUCCGUGCAGCCGCUACUGCGCAUGUUGCAUGACAGUGGGCAGAGCGGAGAACAGAAUGGAAAACACAGACAGCGACUGGUCUGGAAGGCUCUGAUAACGAACACUUGCACAGUCAGCUUUACUGGGUCUAGUUUUCUGAGGAAUUGGCAGGUGCCAGCGCCAAACGGCUCAACUCACAGAAGAAUGGGCAUUAAGAAGCUCACCAUCUUCCUUCUGGUGCUCUCUCUUUGUCUAGAGGGAGGAUCUGCCAAAGAAAAGGGGACAAAGAAGGGAAAGAAAAAAGGAAAGCAGGUUUACUGUCCAUCACAGCUGUCAUCUGAGGAUUUGGCCAGAGUCCCUGCAAAUUCAACCAGUAACAUCUUGAACAGGUUACUGAUCAGCUAUGAUCCCAGAAUAAGGCCCAACUUCAAAGGAAUUCCUGUGGAAGACAGAGUGAACAUUUUCAUUAACAGUUUUGGCUCCAUCCAAGAAACGACCAUGGAUUACAGAGUCAACAUCUUCCUGCGGCAGCGCUGGAACGACCCCAGGUUGAAGCUACCGCAGGACUUCAAGUCUGAUUCUCUCACUGUUGAUCCCAAGAUGUUCAAAUGUCUCUGGAAACCCGACCUGUUCUUUGCUAACGAGAAGAGCGCCAACUUUCACGACGUCACCCAGGAGAACAUCCUGCUCUUCAUUUUCCGUAAUGGAGAUGUCCUCAUCAGCAUGAGAUUGUCCAUCACCCUUUCUUGUCCGCUGGAUCUGACGUUAUUCCCUAUGGACACACAGAGGUGUAAAAUGCAACUCGAAAGCUUUGGCUACACCACAGACGACCUGCAGUUCAUGUGGCAGACAGGAGACCCGGUGCAAAUGGACGCCAUUGCUCUGCCACAGUUUGAUAUCAGACAAGAAGAUAUUGAUUAUGGGAACUGCACCAAAUAUUAUGCAGGCACAGGGUACUACACUUGUGUAGAGGUUAUCUUCACCCUAAGGCGACAGGUUGGCUUCUACAUGAUGGGUGUUUACGCCCCAACGCUGCUCAUCGUAGUCCUCUCCUGGCUGUCCUUCUGGAUCAACCCUGAUGCAAGUGCCGCCAGGGUUCCUUUGGGCAUCCUCUCGGUGCUGUCUCUGUCCUCUGAGUGCACCUCCUUGGCUUCAGAGCUGCCCAAAGUGUCCUACGUCAAGGCCAUCGACAUCUGGCUCAUCGCUUGCCUGUUGUUCGGUUUCGCCUCGCUGGUGGAGUACGCCGUGGUUCAAGUGAUGCUCAACAGCCCGAAGCGCAUAGAGGCCGAAAAGGCCAAAAUAGCAUCCAAGGAGAAGGCUGCGGGAAAGAGCCCCGCUGCCAGGAACAACACGAUCAACGGGACCGGAGGGACGCCGCUUCAUGUCAGCACCUUGCAUGUGGCAGAGACCCGCUGCAAGAAGGUGUGCACCUCUAAAUCAGACCUGCGGACCAACGACUUCAGCAUCGUGGGCUCGCUCCCGCGGGACUUUGAGCUGUCAAACUUUGACUGCUACGGGAAGCCGAUUGAGACCGCCGCUGGUGCUGGCAAAUCCCAGUCCAAGAACAACAAGAAACCUCCUCCCCCGAAACCAGUCAUCCCGUCCGCUGCCAAAAGAAUCGACUUGUACGCCCGCGCCCUCUUCCCUUUUUCCUUCCUAUUCUUUAAUGUGAUUUACUGGUCCAUAUACUUGUGAUUAUCUUGAAAUUGUAUUAUUAAUCCUCAGCUGUACAAAAUGAUUGCUGAAAGGAAAAUAAAAUUAUUAUGUAUUAUUAUUAUUAUUAUUAUUACAUUUAUCUACAUAUAAAAAUAUCCAAAUACAAUAAUUUGUGUAUUUAAAAUGACUUAACUUUAAUCCUUAUUUACGGACAAUAGAUAUUAUAGCAUCUUGUACUGAAAUACUUUAUUUAUUGAUAAUGGUACUUGAGAGGCUAAUACAGGAUUGCAGAUGUAAUUGUUGUGAUGAAUGGUGUGUAAACAAAUCCACAAAAAAUGGUUGUGUAGCAAGUAAGCAGAAGAUGAACAGAUUUAUAAAAGAGCAUUUGUAAAUAGCUGUUUAGUUUUCGCCGCUGCCAAGUGCGAGCCUCCUGCCAAGUUUCAUAAGUCAGAGCAUUUUAUUUAAGCUUCAGUGCAAAGUGUAACAUUGUAAUUACCUUGCAUGUUAGAGAUGUGCAUGUAUAUGAAGAAAUAUGUGUGUGUGUGUAUAUAUAUAUAUAUAUAGUUGCUUAAAAGAAUAUAUAUAUAUAUAUAUAUAUAUAUAUACACAUAUAUAUAUUAUUACAUUUUAUUAUUCUUAUGAUUUGCUCUUGAAAAGAUAAGUGGAUAUGUUAAGCACCAUGUUUCUGUCCAGAUGGCCAUGUGACACUGCCACUCCUUCAACAAAUGUAAUGUUUGACCUCCCACCUCUAGUGUGUGUAAAUGGGUCGCUAGUGAGCUGUGACCAUGUGUUUGUGAAAUUUACAUGCAAAGUUUGAAAAAACAAUGAACACUCAAGUGACUUUUCACCAUUUGCUGUGAUUAAAGAUG